GGCAGUAGCUUAACCUAGAUCCCCCGUCCUGUCACGUCACCCUCCAGCUCCAGGCCACCCUCCAACCUUCCCAGCCAUGGACUCCGCCGAAAUCCCCAACCCCAGCCCGGACGCUACCACCAACCCCGCCGCCGCCGCCGCCGCCGCCCCCGCCCCCGCCCCCGGCUCCGAUCCCUCCUCGUCGCCGCCGCUCCCGCCGCGCAAGCGCCGCCUCUCCCCUUCCCCCUCCCCCAGGCGCUCCGCCUCCCGCUCUCGGUCCCCCCGCUCCCCUCACGGCCGCCGCUCCCGCUCCCGCUCCCGCUCCCCGCGCGGCCGCCGCUCCCGCUCCCGCUCUCGCUCCCGCAGCCGCAGCCACAGCCCUCAGUACCCGCCCGAUGGCAAGCGGCGGCGCCAUAACGACCUCAACGUCGAGGCGUGCCGCGACUUCCUGCGCGACAGGUGCACCCGCUCCGACCUCGAGUGCAGAUACGCGCACCCGCACCCUUCCGUCUCCGUCGACAGGGAGAACAAGGUGACGGCAUGCGCGGAUUCGCUGAGGAACAGUUGCUUCCGGGGGAGGACAUGCCGCUACUACCACCCGCCUCCGCAUAUCCAGGAACAAUUACUGAGAUCAAUUGGUGUGGAAGACUCAAAGUUGAAGACGAUCUGCAGAGAUUUUGCACGUGGAAAGUGUUCAAGAUCAGCAAAUGAGUGCCGAUUCAUGCACCAUUCAUCUGUUGAAGGGCUUACAAUUGUUUGCCAAGAUUUCUUGCGUGGACAGUGCAACCGCAAAUCAUGUAGGUACUCUCAUGUAGUAGCACAUCCAGUGCCACCAAUGAGCCAUGUUCCUAUGCCAUAUCCCGAGAUGCUUUACAUGCCACCGCCGCCACCACCACCCCUUGGAGUACCAAUGAUGGGACCUCCACCUUCACCUCCUAGACCAUUUGCAGAUAAUAAGAACAGAGUGGAAGUCUGUAGGGACUUCUUGAAGAAUAUGUGUAAUAGAGAAUCCUGCCGAUAUUUGCACCCUGAUCCACAUACCUCGGCAAUGAGUGACAAUGUUGAAGUUUGCCGUGAUUUUAAACGAGGAGAAUGCAACCGACCUGCCUGUCGCUUUUUCCAUCCAUAUACAAGCUGAAGUUGCCGUUAGCUAAAGUAAAGUUCACUAUACCUUUUUUCUCUCUUUUAGAUCCAGAAUCAAAUUACUGUAGUUGGCUGCAAAAUUGGAAAUCUUCCCCAAAAAUACCUAGUUUCAGAGCUAACUUUAACCUCAAUCCCUUGUGGAUCUUUUUUGCCCAUUCAAACCAGUUAGACCAAUAUAUAGAAAAUGUUGAAGAUUGGCCAUUCUUGUCAUUUGAAUAUUCACAUUAUUUGGGUAAAUUAACAUAUGUUCAUGAGAAGUCCAACUUUUAUCCCAAACAAAACAGGCAUGCCAAUGAACAUGUUUGUUCUCUAAGAUUUCCAAUUGUCUAAGGCAGCAUGUACCGUUCAAGGGAUCUACUUUUUGAUGAGCUCUACAGUCUUCUGCUCCUCAUCAGAUAUCUUGUGUUUCAUAUGAUCAAUUCUAUUUCUUCACUGCGGAAGCUCCUCCUGCUAAUGUUGCUCAUAGUUGCGUGAUCCACAACAGUUAUAGGUGACCUGUUAUAGAUGUCCACUGUAACAGAAUUUAUUACUAGUUUAUGUUGUAGGGCUGCUGAUAUAAUUGUAUGGUCUGUGCUGCAUUGCCCAGUCCCACCAACUAUUUUUCAAUAGCUAGUUAAUAAAUGAAUGACUCAUUCUAUGUCA